UCCUUUCAGCUUUUAGCGGCCAUCUCGUCGCCUUCCCUUUCCAAAGAAAUUACCAUUUUGUCCUUUUGGCCUCUCUAUAUAACAAAAAUCCUCCGGGACACUACUCAUCAACAAACAAUUCUCUCAACUCGGAAAGAAAAAAAAAGCAGAGGUUUCCUCAGAAGAAGAAGAAGAAGAAGGAUUAGAGAUGAGUUCAGCGAGCAAAGCGUGGGUUGUUGCGGUGAGCAUCGGAGCCGUGGAGGUGUUGAAGGAUCAAUUAGGCGUUUGCCGGUGGAACUACGCUCUCCGAACGGCGCAGCAGCAUCUCCGGAACAAGGCACGGUCCGUUUCUCAGGCCAAGAGGCUCUCUCCUUCGUCGUCGUCGUCCUCCUCCGCCGUAGCCGUCUCGAGCAAGAUCAGAGACGCCAAGGCCAAGCAGGCUGAGGAGUCGCUCAGGACGGUCAUGUACUUGAGCUGCUGGGGUCCGAAUUGAUGCACCGGCUCAACAAAAUCCGACAGAUUACUUGAGGAUUUUUCUUAGUGAGGAAAGUGCGUCGAGUCGCGAAACGAUGAGAUCGAAGAAGGAGAGCGAUAAAAUCCUAGGGUUUUCGAAUCAUAGAAAUCUACGGAUUCCAAAUCGUGGCCGUGACUUUGGGAAUCUCAGUCGAAUUAGGCGAUCGGUGGAAGAAGCAUACUAUGGAGAGCCAGAUAUACUAUUUUUAGCAUCUUUUCUUGUUUGUGAAGUGGGCUUUUCGGGCCAUAAGCAGGCCCUAAUCUGUUUGAAGAACGAUGUCUUUUUGUGAAUAAAUAAUAAUUCCAAAUGA